AUGGAAAUUCCUUUAUUCGACGAUGGCCCAGCAGAUGCAUCGAUCACCUGGGGCCAGACUGCAGAGACCAUCACAAUGUCGGUGACUCUGCCGCCGUCAUCAAGGCCGCGCGUGAGUUUCAAACCGCGGCGCUUGGUCAUUGCUACGACAUUGGCAGCUGCCGACAGCGAGGCCGCAGCCGCCGAGGAGGAAAUGCUUCUGGACUGCGAGCUUUCUGGCGAGGAUUGCCAAGAAGUCUUUCAGGUGUGCAGGGCACAAGUACCUCCCAACAGCGGUGUUGCCAGCGAUCGGCCCGCAGUCAGCAGCAGUGGGGGCAAGUCAGGUGAGAUGCCGAGCUCCCUGCUAUGUGGUGGCCGUCAGCAGUGCCCGGUGGGAAGCAAGGACCUCCAAGAGAGGCUGCACGGCCAGAUCUGCAGAGAUGUUCAGAUGGGACUGUCAGAUUCUGGCCACGUUUUUCCAUUGCAGGAGACGCCAUGGUCCAAGAUGCUGGGCUCCGGACAGGCGCGAUCUUGGGUCCUGGUCGUGGUGGGUGUGCUCAUCUUGCUCAGGCUUCGCUUGAUUCUGCUGGCUGCAGCUUUGCCACUGGUGGCAUACUGGCUGGAGGUGAGCUCGCCAAAGGCUGAGGAGGAAGCUGCUGAAGAGGACGCCGAGCUCGACGAGUCGGAUGAGCAGUUAGAACAGGAAGACGAGAACAAGGAGGAUGCCGCAGAAAUCUAUGACCACGAUUUCUGGGCAGAAAAAGUGCAGUCCGACAGCAGAGACUUGGGCUUCUCCUGGGAAGGUCGAGACGAGUUGGACGACCUGCUGGACCGGGACCUGGACUCCCACCGCAAAGGCUCUCAUGAAGUCAAAGAGCACAAAGAGAUGCUGGACUUCGACUUCGGUUUAGGCGGAGACGCGAAGGACAGGGACAAGGGCUUCGGCGACUUUGGUCUAGGCUUUGAGAAGGAUUUCGGUUUGGACCGAGAGCCAGACUUUGACUUUGGCCCCAGCCUGGGCAACGGACAUAAGGGAAAAGGCAAAGACAGAGAUGGAAAGGAUUCUCAUAAAGGGAAAUCCAAGGAGCCUCGGGAAGCGGACCCAAAGCAGGUUUUCGUGGCAAACAUCGGGGAAGCUCACGAGGACGAUCUCCGGAGCUUCUUCGAGGAUGCCGGGGAGGUUGAGCGGCUGAAGGUCUUGCGGAACCCGGACGGCGGGUCCAAGGGGAUCGGCUUCGUGACCUUCCGCACCGAGGAACAGGCCCAGAAGGCUCUCAGCUUUCACAACAGGCCGUUUGAGGGCGGUCAUAUCGUAGUGCGGUUGGCACACGGAGGAAAGGGCAAAGGAGACCGUGAGAAGGGCGAGAAGGGCGACAAGGGGGAAGGACGCGAGGGACGAGGCGACUUCAGGGGUGAUCGUGAGAACCGGGACCGUCCCAAAGGAAAAGGGCGAGGAGGAGGCAAGGGGAAAGUUCCCAUGGCAGACGUGGAGGAUCUGAUCGAGCAGGCACUAGCUGGCCAAGAAGGCCCGCUCAAGGUCAGCGACUUUGACUUCACGGCCAAAAAGUUCGUGGCCGAGUUGCACAAUCGUGACCGAGCAGAUGGCGGGUCGCGGUUUCAGGAGGCCAUGGACAUGAUUUUGAAGUACACCUCUUCCAAGGACAGAAGUUCCGUUAGAAAGUGGCCCGCGUACGUGUUCACACUCCUACAAAAGUUUGAUCCAGCGCUCGGCGAAGAGAUGCGAGAGAGAGAUCAGGAACGACGCCAAAAGGGCUCUGGAUUUCGCCGUCCCCGUCCUGCUCAUGAGGAAGAAGAUGGCUGA